CAAGUCCUGUUACAGUCCUAACAAAGUGUAAAGCUGUCAGCUGCACGGAGAAAGAGAGGAAGGGUGAGGGAGAGAAAUCUGUUUUUUGCUUCAAAUUGUAAAUCUACAGUGAUUGUGAUAUUAUGAAUCUUAGGAGCACUGAAGUGUGAGUGAAGGUAUUGAAAAGUCAAACAGCUGGGAGUGAACAGUACUCUCCUUGCAAGGUUGACUGGACCAGAGUAAGAUAUUAAUGAACGGAUGGACUCUGCUGGUAAGAUCAGCCAUCAUACCAUGACAGCUGACAUGUCAGAAGCUGGGGGAUUGUCUCUGGAACCUCUAGUCACUUGCAAGCUAUGUCUCUGUGAACAUUCUCUUGAUAAGAUGACUGCUCUUCAAGAAUGCAGCUGCAUCUUCUGUACAGCGUGCCUAAAGCAGUAUAUGCAGCUGGCAAUUCGAGAAGGCUGUGGUUCUCCCAUCACUUGUCCAGACAUGGUGUGCUUGAACCAUGGGACCCUACAAGAAGCAGAGAUUGCCUCUUUGGUACCUGUUGAUCAGUUUCAGUUAUACCAGCGACUGAAAUUUGAACGAGAAGUCCACUUGGACCCAUGCAGAACGUGGUGCCCUGCUGCUGACUGCCAGACCAUGUGCCAUGUUGAACUGAGUGACUCAGGACAACCAGUGCCUGUGGAAUGCCCAGCUUGUCAUCUGAAAUUCUGUUCAUCCUGCAAAGAAGUAUGGCACCCAGAGCGCUUGUGCCAGGAAAACCAACCCAUUGUAAUACCAACUGAGCAGGGAGCACUUACCAGGACUGACACAGAGGCUCCAAUUAAACAGUGCCCAGUGUGCCGGAUCUAUAUUGAACGAAAUGAAGGCUGCGCUCAAAUGAUGUGUAAGAACUGCAAGCAUACAUUUUGCUGGUACUGCCUGCAGAACUUGGAUAAUGAUAUCUUCUUAAGACAUUAUGACAAAGGCCCCUGCAGAAACAAACUGGGCCAUUCUCGAGCCUCGGUUAUGUGGAACAGAACACAGGUUGUGGGGAUCCUGGUGGGAUUGGGUAUCAUAGCGCUUGUGACUUCUCCCUUGCUGCUUGUGGCAUCUCCAUGCAUCAUCUGCUGUGUCUGCAAAUCCUGCAGGGGCAAAAAGAAAAAGCAUGACCCACCGACAACCUAAAACUCUGUCUGUUUCUGCCUCUGUCUAUACAGUAGAUGUAUGUGAGAAAGCACAAAGAUUGGGUUUUGGUGUCAUACCUACCAAAUAAUUCUCCCUCUACUUGCCAACUUUGAGGAUAAGUGCCUAUUGUUUUCAGGCCACUAUAUUGCUGGCAAGUCACAGUUCAGGAAAUGACUGAGGGAUUGUAGUGUGUAUAUAUAAUUAAAAAAGGUCACUGUCAAGUAAUUCAGCCACAAAUAUGAUCCACCUUUAA